CUCUCGAGAACUUAAAGGAAGCCCUUUUAGCACUCUGAGGGUUAACGGACUCCCGCUCACUCAGCCUGUGUACUCCCUCCAAUCACAAUUGGUUAGUGAUGCUACUCCCUCCCUUGCUCUCUGCUACCUCUCUGAGCAGCCACAUAUUUUGCAUUCAUUAAGACAGCCUCAGGACUGGAACAGGAGUGCGUUUAGGACAGGGCUGCUCAGUGUGUUUCCUCCCAACUCCCGCAGCCUCUGAAGGUGAGCCCAGGGCAGGCACCCAGUGCUGGAGCACCUCCACUUACCCCAUAGCGGGUUCAACACUCACAAACCACCCCCACACUGUACAAGCAACUCUUUUCCUUUCUUCACUGAGGUCAGUAAGACAUCAGCUGCGGAAGAUGAGGCCGACUCUGUGGGAUGGUUAUGUCGGGGUGAUGGCGUUGGUGCUGCUGGUGGGCCAAGUGCCAGUCCAAUGCUGCCCAGCCAAGUGCAACUGUGACAAUGGAAGGAUGCUGUGGUGCAUAAAGAAAACUCUCUCUGCCAUUCCGAGUGACAUCCCCCCCGACACUGCCAACUUGUACCUCUUUCACAACGCCAUCACCAGCGUGCAAGAGGGGGACUUUGCACAACUCCCAGAGCUUCAGCUGCUGGAUCUGUCACACAACAAGAUAGCAGCUCUCCCCAACUUUGUCUUUCAGCCCCUCGGGGGUCUCUCCAACCUAGACCUCUCCUUCAACCAGGUUACAGAGAUCAACAACGAGACAUUUGCUGGGCUUCAACAGUUGGAGCGCUUGUACCUGCAGAAAAAUCAGAUCCAAACCAUCCAGCCAGGGGCAUUUGAGAUGUUGGUGAAACUGGUUGAGCUGAAGCUACAAGAUAACCAGCUGCACAGCCUCCCUCCUCUGCAACUACCCACCCUCCUGCUCCUGGACCUCAGUCGCAAUAGCAUCCUGGCUACAGAGCUCAGGCUUAUCAGAGCACCUGAAAUAGAAUCGCUUAGAUUGGCCGGGCUUGGUCUCAGCGAGUUGGGCGAAGACCUUUUCAGCAACAUGAAUACCCUUCAGGAGCUGGACUUGUCGGGGAACCAGCUGUCCUCGGUGACCGCCCUGCGACACCUUGACCAGCUGACUGCUCUCAACAUCUCCGGCAAUAACCAGAUUUCUCAGCUGAAGACCGAGGAUUUCAAGCACUUCCAGAAUCUACAGAAGCUGGACAUCAGCAGCCUGCGUCUCAUGACUGUCCCCCAGGAAUUCUUUGGUCUCUUUCCCAAUCUCAAGUUCUUGGCAGCUGCCAAGAACCCCUAUAACUGUGUCUGUCAGCUGCACUGGUUCAUCCAUUGGGUGAGAGCGAGCCAUGUCCUGCAGAGCCGGGAGGAGACUCGAUGCCAUUUCCCACCGGGCAAUGCGGGCAAACCUCUCCACACACUUAGAUAUGAGGACUUUGGAUGCCCGACCACCACGACUAUGCCUGCGACAACCACCACCUCCCUGUCCUCCUUGUCAACCACUCUCCAGCAGCAUCUGCCCAGCCAUCUAGUCACCCACCCAGCAGGCAUGGCCUUCUCCCUUGAUGGGCCAACUGCCAGAGAAGUCACACCUGCACCCCGCCAGAGUAGUCCAAAGGUCCAAUUGUGCCCGUCCACAGAGUGUCUGAAUGGCGGCGUCUGUCAUCUGGACAGAUAUAGGCACCACGUCUGCGUUUGUCAGCCCGGCUUCUCUGGUCAGCGCUGUGAGACGGGAGACAACAAGGUGGAUCAACAAAUCCAUCAGAAGAGUGCUGUCAAUGUCACGCAGAUAACCAGCACUUCGUUCACACUGGAUCUGCAGCCCUUCAAAGUGUCCGCCAUGUACCUCAAAGGAAUCCGACUGACCUACAAAAACAAGUCAGGACCCGACCCCAGGCCUGUGUCUCUUAACAUCCCCACAUCCCUCGCCACUUAUAGCGUCCGAGGCCUGCAGCCCAACUCAACCUAUCAGAUCUGUGUUGGAGUGCUGGGGAGGACAGACUCAGUGAAUGAUCCCUGCGCAACUAUACAGACCCGGCAGAUGUUGCGGUUGGCUCCACUCGUACAGACAAAGAGCAACCUUCUCAUGGUGCUCGGGCCUACCAUCGCGGCCGUGUUCCUGGGCAUCAUCCUGGUGGCUGCUAUAUUCCACUACCGGAGGAAGCAGGGCCUGAAACAGCCAGGGUUAGGAGAGGAUCCACCUCCCUACGACAUGGAAGGGAUGAAGCCCUGCCUGCAGAACGAGGAGAUUGCCCGCUGUCACUCAAAGGAAUCUGAAGGCCUAGCCCUGCAGAGUCACAUGCCAUUGAUGCCCGACUCACUCAGCAACAAUAACACUGCACCUCUGAAACCAUGCGAACUUUGAUCUCCAAAAGGUAGUAAGAAAAUGCAGUGACACUUUCACAGACUAAAUUCUGGACUGGUUCAAAUGCAAACGUUCCAGUUAUCGGGUGGUGGUGGUGGUGGUGGGGUGGGGGGGGGUGGAGGAGAAAAGAGCUGGGAGGGAUCCAAACAUAUCCAGAACAACUACACAGAUACCAACUCCAACACUGAGCCACCAGGAUACAAAAACAAGCCCAUUUGCUGACAGUCGUUAGCAGGAUGCUGAGUAUUCUUAAGAUUGAAAUUUUCCACCUCCCUUGCCUCACAGCCACAAUGUGCAUUCCACGUUUCACCACUUCAAGAGUGUCAGGACAAUAUAAUGUGCCCUUGAUAGAUUGGUGGAUAAAAGAGCCAUCCAGUGCCGUACUGAGCUAUGUACAUCUAGGAAAAUUGGGGGUUUGAAUCCCGAUCUGGACAGACAGUUGAUCUCAGUUAGGGAUAUACUUAGCCUCAAAAUGACUUUAUUUAGGGAGUAGGGAAGCAAAACCCACCAACUAGGGAUGCUACACCUGAUCAAUGUCCAGAGAUGCCCUCUUCCCCCACUUCUCCCCCCUCCCCCAGGCCUCUUC